AUGCAGCCUCGAAGAAGUAUCUUCAAUAGACCUUCAUUCGCAAGUCUCAGCAGCCCCGAGCGAAGACACGUCCGUAAAAGCGAACCGUCAUCGCCGACAUGGCUCACAGACUCGUCGAAAUCGAGUUCGAUUAUCGAUCUUACCGACGAAUAUACCACCAAAACACCACCUGCCGAUACACCAGAUCCUCAGCAUGAGGAAUCGCCGAUACAAUUUGCGGAGGACGAGAACUCAACGGCUGGACCGAAUACUCAACAUGAGGAAUCACCGAUACAAUCAGAAGAAUCACUGAUACAAUCGGACGAAUCGCCGACACAGUUAGCGGAGGAUCAAACCCCGACGCCUACACCAGCGAAAAGUUCCCAACACUUGCCAUGUGCGGCCGAGGCCUCACAACCCUCGUUGAAUGACAGCUUCCAAGGGUCUCUUCGGGUGACCAGAGGAGGCCAAGAGGUGGUCAUUAGUUCUGAUGGAGAAGAAUCCGACGACUCAUUGGAUGAAGACCCGCUCUUGUCCUUGAUGCCCAAGUCAACUGUUAGCCGUCCUACAGUUGUCAUUCCUGUGUUACGGCCUACUCUUCCUGUUCCGGGAAAAUACAACAAUACAAUUGAUUCUCUGUUACAAGAUGCGCGCAACGAUGUUGAGACGGAAAGAAAGGUGGCCCAGGCGAAGGCUGGUUUUAAUACGCAGCGUAAUAACACACAGGAGAAAGCUGGACUCCAUGAAAAAAUCUUGACUUCCGCUUUGGAAGACAAGGAUGAUGAUGAUGGUGGCAUGGGUGCGCAGCGUGUCAUUGAAGCCGUUCGGAGAACUGAAGCCCUGGACGAGGACAUGACUUGGCGGUUUUUGAACCAGGCGCAAAUUAUACCGGCUGCGUUUGAGUUUCCCCGUGAUUUAUUCCACCCAGGGUCAAGUCUAGCAGCCCUGCGCGAUACCCCGUCACGAGAGCGGAUGCUUAAGUCUGGCAUAUUGGAAUUUGCCGCCUCGCGGAACCUUCUACCAGAUGAGUUGAUUCGAUGGCUGUUCUGUCAUGUACCCUAUGAGCCGAAGGCAGAAUUGAGACAAGCAUAUUGUCGUGUGGUUACGCAAUGCCCAGCCGGGCAAUUCAGAUCUCUCAUUAAACCCAAUGACAUUGACGACCUUUUCCUCUGCUUGGGCGCGAAACCCCGUGCAUUGGAUUUCUCCCAACCAGUUGACAAAGAUCCUCACGAUCAAAACUACCGGAAAUCGGCAUUGAAGGACCGAGCAAUUAUGCUAUCAAUUUUCGAGUUGCUUCGGGAUGCCAUUCAAUUGUUUUCGGAAGAUUCUUUGGAACAUGCAAUCCAAAUAUUGUUGCGCAUGGCCUUGGACACUUCGUUGACGGCCGAUGGUAUGGUUCGCUCGGAGCUGCAGAGUUGUCUCACUGCUCUCCUAGAAGUUGUGCCAGGCAGUGAUGAUGACUCGGAGGGGAUGAUGAUGCAUCGAAUUUGCAAAACCGUUUACGAGAGCAUCCAGGAUGUGCAAUUUCAAAGCCAGAUACUACAGCACAUCCUGCCAACCUCUAAACGGACCGCCUUGCUACGAUACCGUCUCGCCAUGGCAUUUCUACUUCAGAAACCCGGCCCAUUGACAGAACCAGUGGAGGAGGUUUUGAAUUUGAAACGCCUGACGCUCUUCUUGAUCAGCGAUAAGCGUCUCAAAGUGAAAUCAUACAAAAAGUCCGGCCAUGAUUAUGGCCAGUUGAUCGCUGUGUCUACGCUACUAGACAUAGUAAUCAACAGUACUAUUUAUGACCUGAAUUUUCAUACGAAGAAAGACUCGGAGAAAGACCACAAUGCGAAGAAAGACCACAGUGCAGAGAAAGACUACAAUGCGGCGAUUGACAAGAUCGCCGCUCAGAUCAAGGGAGUCUUUAGUGCGAUUGAAGAUGCCGGUGCAUCCCAUCUCAAACGAAUGCUGGCAAAAGAAGCUUUAGAGAGGGUGCACUACCGCAUGUUAUAUUCUGUGCGGUCGAAGCCACCUCCGAGCAAAAGAAUGCUAUUUGCAUCUGACACUCCACGAAGAGAUGGUAAUAUUGGGGAACUUUUCAAGCCACGGAUUGCUAUUCACACCUGUGGACUCGAGGAAACGAGACCAUGA